CAGAUUCAAGGUGGUACAUUCCGGUAUCCCGGCUGUGGGAUCGGCAGGCGGAGUGAUCCAUUAAGCACCUAAGGGGGUUCGGGCCUAUUCGGGGCCUGUGGGAGUUCGUAGAUUCGGUGCAUUUUCUUUUUUUGUCUCGUUGUGCUGGGCAAGCCGCGAGAAUAAGGGCCGUUAUAGGAGAGGAUGAGGCCGUAGGCGCCGUGAGCAGCACGAGAGGAAAGAAACAAUCUGCCCACAGAGACAUGGACAGUCAGUGCACUGUUCAGGUAAAGCUGGAGUUGGGACAUCGCGCUCAGCUAAGGAAGAAGCCAACUACUGAUGGAUUCACCCAUGACUGGAUGGUGUUUGUUCGUGGGCCCGAGCAGUGUGACAUUCAACAUUUUGUGGAGAAGGUGGUUUUCAGGCUUCAUGACAGCUUUCCCAAACCUAAACGUGUGUGCAAGGAGCCCCCAUACAAAGUAGAAGAAACAGGAUAUGCUGGCUUCAUUUUGCCGAUUGAAGUAUACUUCAAAAACAAGGAGGAACCCAAGAAAGUGUGUUUUACAUAUGAUUUGUUCUUGAACCUGGAGGGGAAUCCACCAGUUAACCAUCUGCGCUGUGAGAAGCUGACCUUCAAUAAUCCAACCAAGGAAUUCCGUAGGAAGCUGCUUAAAGCGGGUGGGGUGAUGGUAAUGCCAGAGGGAGCAGAGACUGUAUCAAGACCAAGUCCAGACUACCCCAUGUUGCCCACAAUCCCUCUCUCCGCGUUCUCCGAUCCAAAGAAAGCAAAGCCAUCAUCGCAUGCAUCAAAGGAAAACAGCAAAGACAGCAGCAAAGCAUCAAAACCCCACAAAGUAACAAAAGAACAUAGAGAAAGAAUGAGGAAAGAUUCAGAAAGUAAAAGCAAGGAGAGUGACUUAAGUAAACCAGUUAAGGAAUCAUCUUCUUCCUCACGAAAACCGGCUGAAAACAAACCAACUAAGGAAGAAAAAGCACCUAUUAAAGUGGCUUUCAAGGAGCAAAAACUAUCCCUUAAAGAACCCAAACUGGAGAACACGUCUCCAAAAGGGGGUCCUUCUGAUUCCAAACCCUCCAGCAAGAGACCACCGAACAUAGACUCUCCCAAAUCUAGCAGUAAAAAGCCAAAAAAGGGCACCUCUAAAGGACUUGUGGUUUCAACGACCUCUCCUCGUGCUCCACCUAAUCCCAGCAACCCAGUCACCUCUUAUACAGACAAAAAAUUGGUAAAAGAAAAACCAGUAAGCAAAGCAGAUAGGCCCAAACCAGACCCUGAUGUCAAGAAGGCAGUUGAGGCCGAUGACUCUAAUUCUGAUGAGGAAGUAUCAUCAAAAUCCGGGUCAAUCCCAUCUAGCCCAUCAAACAGCAGCUCCACUUCAGACUCCAGCUCUGAGUCAGACUUUGAACCUUCCCAAAACCACAGCCAAGGCCCUUUACGGUCUAUGGUGGAAGAUCUUCAGUCAGAAGAGUCUGACGAUGACAGCUCCUGUGGUGAGGAGGCAACUCCGAAGAAUAAAACUGCAGGCCGAGAUUCUCGAAUGAGUCUAAGUGACAGUGACAGCGAUAGCAGUGAUGACUCCUUUGCUCCUAGUCGUGGCACCACCCCCAUACAGAAGAUGCCUCUAGCAAAUAACAAGAGCUCUGGCCAUAGAAGUCCGGAAACUUGCAGCAAGUCAGAAAAAAUGUUGAAGAAAGGAGUGUAUGACAAGGCAUACACAGAUGAGCUGGUUGAUUUGCACAGAAGACUGAUGGCUCUCCGUGAGAGGAACAUCCUGCAGCAGAUCGUUAAUCUCAUAGAAGAAACAGGCCACUUCAAUGUCACAAACACAACUUUUGACUUUGACCUUUUUUCAUUGGAUGAAACAACUGUUCGCAAGCUACAGAGUUACCUUGAAGCUGGUGCCACAUGACCCCUCAGUGGAAGGGAAAGUAUGAGAGAGAAGAACAUGCUGUUGGCUGUGUAUUCUUGACAAACAAAAAAACCUUAUUUCUUGAAGUUACCAUGGUCAGUGCACAUUUGGAGUUGAUCGGGCUGAACCCAGCAAAUAGGAUCAUCUAGACUUUCCUGCAGUGCAGUGUGCUGCAUUUUACUAUGUGACAUGUUUUACCAGAAAUUUGAAACCAUAUUUUUUUUCACAUUCACACUACAUCUAUAAAUCUGCACUGAAAACACUACAGCUUCUACAAGUUAUGUAAGAGUGUGGUGUAGAAAUGUUUUAAACUCCAGUGCUCCCGGACCUCUGGCAGUGCAUGUUUUUUAGAUGUCUUCAGAAAAAUCGCAGGUGAAAUAAUUGGAGUGCUUCAUUUACAGGAUUAAUGCAGCUUUGCUCUAAAAGUUUAGAAGGCAUGGUCUGUAAAUCUCUGCACUUGUAAAGCUUUCCAUCCGCUUUCAUCCAAAGCACAGGUCUGCCAACCACCAUUUUUUAAAAUAUAUUUUU